UUCGCAUCGCUGGACAACUGGUUCCUGGAUCAUCUGAAAGUUCCAGUCGCCGCCCUUCCUGACCCGGAGCUCCUGUUCUGGAUUCAGGAACUGGGUAAUUUUAAUUUCAAUUUUAAUAACGUCAUGGGAGAACUGAGGAGAAGGAUGAGGAUGAGGAGGUUGAGAGAACAGUUACACAUUGAGGAGGUGGAGGAAGGUUUUUUUGAUGAUGAGGAGGAGGAGGUAGAGGCUGAAGCAGUAGUGGUGGAGGAGAAUGAGGAGGUGGAGAUACAGGGUUUUGUGGAGGUAGAGGUUGAGGACGAGGUUGAGGAUGAGGCUGAGGACGAGGAUGAGUAUUAUAGGUAUUUUUCUAGCGAGUCUCUUGGUGGGGCUGAGGACGAGGAUGAGUAUGAUGGGUAUUUUUCUAGCGAUUCUCUUUAUGGGGCUGAGGACGAGGAUGAGGAUGAGGAUGAUAUGUCUUUUUGUAGUGAGUCUCUUGAUGAGGCUGAGGACGAGGAUGACGAGGAGGCUGAGGAUGAGUUUGAGGCUGAGGAUGAGUUUGAGGCUGAGGAUGAGGCUGAGGAUGAGGAUUAUAGGUCUUUUUCUAGCGAGUUUCUUGAGGUAUCUAGUGCGUUCUCCGGAUAUGACACCACAAGCUCUGAGGAAGAAGACGAUGAAGAUUCCCCGGACUGCCAAGAAGACCGUGCCUCUAGGAAAAGGAGAAGAGACGAAGAUGAGGAAGAUGAUGAAGACAAUGACCACCUUCCACCUCUUCUUCGGUUCCCCCUGAGGAUCCCCCCCCUUCAGACUCCCUUGGAACCAGGAGGAGCCGGAGGAUACCCCGGACUGCCAAGAAGACCGUGCCUCCAGGAGAAGGAGAAGAGAGGAAGAUGA